AGCGCGACGAGAGACGGAGGGGUUAGGGGGGUGGACAGCCGAGGCCUGCCUGUCGGUGUCAAACGGGCCGCGCGCGUCCACCCGCCCGCAUGCCAUUAGAUUUUCGUCGUUUUCGAUGAAAACGCGUCCUCGCUGGCGGUACGACGCGCCGGCGACGAGGGUGUCGAGCUAUCGACGUCACGUUUGACCGAGUGUCAACACACGGCGUAGGAGUGUCACGACGUGAGAAUCGCACGAGCCUUCGCAGUGCAGUGCGACGAGUGUGUCCACGGAGAGCGCCUUCUUUCGCGACGUGGAAGCAGACGAGGACAAGGACGACGUAUCCUUGCCGCGAAGACAGCGACGAAGGAAGCAACUCUACGCAGUGGAGCAAAGUGAGAAUUCGCGAACCGCUGUCAGGGUACACGCGAAUUUCGUGCGGGGGUGACACCCGAGAGGAGAAGGAGAAGAAGGAGGAGAGGAAAGAAGGAAGAAGUUGGAACAGACGAAACGAAGGAGGAGGGAAGAUAUGUCCGCUGUCGAGAGUGCCUUGGACGUCCUCUCCAGAGCGGCGACGAUGGUGCAAGAGGAGAGACCGAAAACGACGAAUCUACAUCGGAAGCCGAGCAGCGCGUGGCGCAAGGAGCGUAGGAAAGAUCCGAUUCAGAGCGAAGCGUUGGAUAUGUCGGCGGCGCGGCAGCAUCAUCACCAUAGCAGGCCGAGUGUGAUUGUCCCGACCAUACCGCAAUCCGGCACUACGAUCGAGGACACGGCGGAGACGCCUACGCCGACGGCGAUGCCUACUGCGGCGAGUGGACAGAGGACCGGCAUCAGGACGGCGGGUGGUGUCAGCGAUCCUGCGAUCGACGAGCAUUUCAAGCGGUCAUUGGGCCCGAAAGAGUACGCGGCCGUCUUUAAUGCCACUAAUACCGACAAGGAAACCGGCCUGAGCGUUGAUGAUCAUUUUGCGAAAGCUCUCGGCGAGACCUGGACGAGGCUUAAGGCGAUCAAUCGAAGCAAGGAAUCCACCUAACCACCGGAGAAAUUCGUCAGGAAUCUUAUCGUCGUUCUCGUUGUCGUCCUCGUUGUCGCUUGACGACCAUCGUAACCCAUUCGGGUGAAAUCGUUCCAAUCUUGCUCGUUAAUUAUGCACUAGCGAUAAGUCAUUACCGAUAAGAAUUAACUGCAUUCGCGCCUGUACUCGAAGAGUCCGCACAUUGAAGAAAAGCUGAAAUUAUAAGAGUUUUUAAAUAAAAGUUGAGCUGAAACGUCGAGAGCUGAAUUGUCAGGCGGUACAACCUGUUACUGUGCACUCCCUUAGAAUUGGAUUUCUAUAUCAAUACUCGACAUUUGAAAAGAUAUAAGUUAAAAAUGUUAAAACAUGACAGAUCAAAGUCGAAAGUAUAUGGACUAAAUAUUAAAUACUUUCUUAAAAAUAUUGACUCACUUUUAUGUGAAUUACAUCUUUUGUUAAUAAAAUUACAUUAUUCGCUUAUAGAUUUGAAAUCGACCGACAUCUAUUCCUUUUCUUUUAUUAACUGGCAAAAUUAUGACUUAUAUUCUUUUUUUCACAUCGGACUCUUUCGUAAAACAUUUUGUUUUAAUUGGUACGUACUGCGCCGUAUAAGGAGGGUAUCAAGUGUCCUUGAUCUUCUUGCUUUUCAACUGGAUGCUCGAUGUCGUUGCUUUUUCGUCAGACAUGCGAAAUAAGAAGACAUUGGGAAGGCUGGUCCGCUGUGCGCUACAUUUUCUACGGUGAGUGCAUUGCGUGAACGAAUUUGAUAUUGUUGUAUAUAAGCACGUACUCCCUUACUACGCCAUCGCCACAGUCAUUACCGUAUAGUUCCAAGUUGUGUAUGAAUAUAAAAUUAUUUAUUAUAAUGUUUCAUAUAUUCCUCGCAAAAUACGAAGUUUAUAUAUAUGUACACACACACAACACAUACAUAUGUAUGUAUGUAUACAGAAUGUCCUAUAUAAAUAGGGUACAAACCGAUAUUUUUUUUUUCUUGUCAAAAAAUAAGCUAUUUUUUUUUGUUGAGAAAAUUGCCUUUAGUAAUUUUUUUCUUUAUUAUAAAAUAAAGUUUUUCGACAUCUCUCAUUCGCGAACGCAACUACUAUUAGAAAGAGUUGGAGUUAGCUGAUUUAUUUUAGAAAAAUAUAAAUAUUAGAUUUAAUUGUAACAGAAUUACCAAAAUUCUACACGAAGAAUCGAAAAAAAAAACAAAUGCACUAUUCGCGCCUUAGCUCCUAUCUGCCAAUUUUCCCACUUAAUUGUUCUUAUCCUGAACCUAUUGCUGUUACUAUUAAAAAAAUGAGAUAUCUUGAAAACAAUGCAUUUCCGGAAAUUUUUCCAAAGGAAAAAGAUAUAUGGUAGUACCGGUUUAUAUUCUACUUAUAUGUUAUCUUCUCAUAGGACUUCGUGUAUGUAUAUGUGUGUGUAUGUAUAUAAUAAUAUUUAUAUAAGUGUGUACGAAAGACUACAACAUACACUGAAUAACAAUGUGAUACGUUCCCUCCUAGUAUAAAUAAUUUCAAUAAAGUGAACAAUAUUUUGAAAUUCGAUCAUAUACGAUUCACUGGACGAAUGUCUGAUAUCUCAAUUUUGUUUUUAGAGAGGGCUCUCUUAAUUCAGCUAAGAAUUGAUAAAACUAAGUUAACAAAAUUUACAAAUUUCGCGCAAUUAGUAAUUAGAAAUAUUUUACGAAAUGUUUUUUCAUGACAUUCUUUACAUAGUUAAUCAUAAUUAUACUACAGGCAUAUAUCUGACGGGCAGAAUAGUUUAGACAACUGUGCCACUUAAUUUGUCUCAACUAGGGGGAUAGGAUCAUUGUUCAUGUCUUGUAUAUUGUAAUAACGACCGUUAUACUGGAGGAAUGAAACGCGCGCACAAGAGGGUUGGUGAAAAGAGCUGUAAUUUAAUAAUAAGACAGGACAUCGCACAAACAACGUAUAAAUAUUACGUCUUCGUAUCGGCCGUAAUGCCGUACUAGUGGCUGUAAAGAUAAAAAAAGAAUAUGUAUAGAUAUGAAAAUGAUGUAUGAGAAAGAUUA